AUGUCUCCUUUCUCGUUGCUGAUACUGGUUAUUUGUGCCUUCUCCCUUUUUUUCUUGAUCAAUCUCACCAGAGGUUUGUCUAUUUUACUAGUCUUCACAAAGAACCAACUUUUGGCUUUGUUACUCCUCUCUAUUGUGUCUUUGUUCUCUAUUUCUUUAAUUUCUGCUCUUAUCUUUUUUGACCUCCUUCCUUCCACAUUUUUUGGAUUUAUUCUGCUGUUGUUUUUCUGAUUUCUUAAACUGUAUGUUGACCUCAUUCCUUUUCAGUCUUUUUUCUUUUUCUGUUUGCUUGGUUUUGGUGUUGGUUGUUCUUUGAGACAGGGUCUCACUCUAUAGCCCAGGCUAACCUCAAAUUCAUGCUACUUUCCUCCCUAGCCUCCCCAGCGCAGGGAUUACAGGCAUGAGGCACUGAGCCUAGCUCUCAGCCUUUCUUGUUUUCUAAUUUAUAUAUUUAAAAGCUACAAAUGUCCUGCUAAUGCUACUUGCCUACGUGAUCAUAUGUAAUAGUUACUUCAUUGUUGUUCAGUUCCCAGAACUUCAGUGUAUCGAUUAUCAUUACUUCUUUGACUCAUGAAUUAUACAGAAGUAUGUUUUUAAGUUCCCAAAUGUUUGGGGGAUUUUUAAGUUUGUUCUAUUACUGAAAUCUAUCUUAAUUAUGUUCAGAUGAUGUGGUCUAUGUGAACUGAAAUUUAUUGAGACUUGUUCUAUUGCCUAGUACAUGAUCGAUAAUUAUUAAUGUUUCCUAUGUGCUCUAUAAGAAUGUGUGUCCUCUAAUUAUUGAAUAUAGAGAUCUAUCUGUGUCUAUUAGCAACUAUCUUAUUCAAGUUGUAUUUAACUAAACUGAUUGUUUUUGUUAUGA